AUGGGAAAACGCAAAUAUGGGACAAACGCAAAUAUUGGAAAAUCGCAGGUAUGGGAAAAACGCAAAUAUGGGAAACACGCAAAUAUGGGAAAAACGCAAAUAUGGGAAAAACGGAAAUAUAGGAAAAAAGCAAAUAUGGGAAAAACGCAAAUAUGGGAGAAACGCAAAUAUGGGAAAAACUCAAAUAUGGGAAAAACGCAAAUAUGGGAAAAACGCAAAUAUGGAAAAAACGCAAAUAUGGGAAAAACGCAAAUAUGGGAAAAACGCAAAAAUGGGAAAAACGCAAAUAUGGGAAAAACGCAAAUAUGGGAAAAACGCAAAUAUGGGAAAAACGCAAAUAUGGGAAAAACGCAAAUAUGGGAGAAACGGAAAUAUGGGAGAAACGCAAAUAUUGGAAAAUCGCAGGUAUGGGAAAAACGCAAAUAUGGGAAAAACGCAAAUAUGGGAAAAACGCAAAUAUGGGAAAAACGCAAAUAUGGGAAAAACGCAAAUAUUGGAAAAACGCAAAUAUGGGAAAAAAGCAAAUAUGGGAAAUACGCAAAUAUGGGAAAAACGCAAAUAUGGGAAAAACGCAAAUAUGGGAGAAACGCAAAUAUGGGAAAAACGCAAAUAUGGGAAAAACGCAAAUAUGGGAAAAACGCAAAUAUGGGAAAAACGCAAAUAUGGGAAAACGCAAAUAUGGGAAAAACGCAAAUAUGGGAAAAACGCAAAUAUGGGAAAAACGCAAAUAUGGGAAAAACGCAAACAUGGGAAAAACGGAAAUAUAGGGAAAAAGCAAAUAUGGGAAAAACGAAAAUAUGGGAAAAACGCAAAUACGGGAAAAACGAAAAUAUGGGAAAAACGAAAAUAUUGGGAAAACGCAAGUAUGGGAAAAAUGCAAGUAUGGGAAAAACGGAAGUAUGGGAAAAACGCAAGUAUGGGAAAAACGCAAAUAUGGGAAAAACGCAAAUAUGGGAAAAACGCAAAUAUGGGAAUAACGCAAAUAUGGGAAUAACGCAAAUAUGGGAAUAA